GCGGAAGCCGCGGAAGUGACGCGCACCUCGUGUCAAUCAGCGUGACGUCCAUUUGCCACGUCAUCAGUAGCGGCGUUAUCAUCACGUGAUCGUCAGUCGAUAAGGAACGGAUCGUCAGUUGAUAAGGAACGGAUCGACGGAAGAAGUGUCGAGGAAUAAGGGGCAGAUUUCCGUUGGCUGCUGCUGUUGCUGUUGGCCAGGAAAAUGACGAUGACGACAACAGCUACGCUCUCUCCGCAGACUCCAAUUCUGCCGCCGGGUCGGAAAUGGGACUCCGCUCGGCAGUCGUUUGAGAAAUCAAUGGAGCCGAAAACUUGCGUGAUCGUCGACGCUUUGGUCGCGAAGGUAAAGGCUCUGACGCUUCUCGAAGGGCAACAACAGUCCGAUGGCCUGGGUGGUGUGUAUAGGUCAUCGACUGGAAACGUGUAUGGAACCACGAAUGGACACGUGUAUGGAGGGACGCCUACCGGACAUUGGAUGGGCACGUGUGCAUCGGGAACACCGACAUAUCGAGGAAGUGGAGGGAUGGCGGGAGGAGGAGGAGGAGGAGGAGGGGGAACGACUGCUGCUUUCACAUGUAUCACACCCAUGAGAAAGAAGGAUGACGGGUGUGGUGGUGGUGGCGGCGGGGGUGGCCUUGCGGAAGCGUGCCACAUGGAUCUUCGAUCGGGAAUCAGGGCUCCGUUGGUGGGUAAUUUCAUGCAGAUGCAUGUGCCGCCGGUGAAGGUCGUCGAGAUUUCGCAGGAUAGUAGUAACAGCGGAGUAACGGGAGGAGAAACUUCCAGGACGGCGUCUCCGUCGUCGUUCCCUCUGAUGACUGGUGAGUUGGUGAUUGCCUCUGGCGAUUUGGUGUUUGAUUCUGUGAAACAGAAUGCCAAAAAGAAACUGGAAGCCCUGGAGCAGCACUUGAAGGACCUUAAAAAUGAAUGCAAUUCAAAGGCUGGAAGGUUGCAGAGCAGGCAGGACGAAAUGGAGAAUUUGAAGGCUGAACUUGCAUCCAAGGCCCAAGAAGCAGAAAGUCUCGCAAAAUUGCUGGAAGAGAAGGAGGGACAGCUCCAAUGUUUGCGAAAAGAGGUGGAUGGGAGCAGGAUAGGGUUGCAACAGCAGGUGUAUGCAGCCCAGAAGGCUUUACUGGGCUUGCAAAGGAGCUACCAGGCUUUUGCUGAAGAUAUUCGCAGAACAAUGCAGGGUUAUUCGGUACUUGAUGAUCCUGUAGCAGUGAAGCUGAUGGAAGUGGUGCAGAAGCUGGGCAUUGAGCAUGAAGAUCUGAAGAAGAAGUUUGCGGCAGAGUGCGUGGAGAGGAAACAGCUUUACAACAAAGUCCUCGAGCUAAAGGGGAACAUUCGUGUAUUCUGCAGAUGCAGACCUCUGAGCGAGGCAGAAGUCAACGCAGGAGUUGCAUGUAUUACAGAAUUCGAUACGAAUCGUGAUGAGCUAUUUGUGAGGACCAAUGUGAACGGGGCCCCCGCCAAGAGGUACUUCAAGUUCGAUCGUGUCUUCGGGCCGGCCGCCACCCAAGAUGAAGUAUUUGCGGACACAGCACCUGUGGUGACGUCCGUCCUGGACGGCUACAAUGUGUGCAUUUUCGCAUACGGGCAAACGGGAACGGGAAAGACUUUUACCAUGGAAGGCACGGAAGACAAUCGGGGAGUAAAUUAUCGGACACUGGAGGAGCUGUUUCGUAUUGCUGGGGAGAGGGAAGGAAAGGCCACAUAUGAGAUCAAAGUUAGCGUUUUGGAGAUUUACAAUGAGCACAUUCGAGACCUACUGGCGCCGCCACCCCAGUUUCCAGCCCCUCCUAAGAAGCUUGAAGUCAAGCAAGGGCCGGAUGGUGGCCACUGGGUACCUGGUCUCGUUGAGACCGAGGUCACUAAGUUGGAUGAAGUUUGGGGUGUGCUUCAGAGCGGCAGCAAGAACAGGGCUGUUGGGGCAACGAACUCGAACGAGCACAGCAGCAGAUCACACUGUAUGCUGUGUGUCUUGGUUAGGGGAGAGAACCAUAUCACAGGAGAAACAACAAAGAGCAAGCUAUGGCUUGUUGAUUUGGCGGGAAGUGAACGGGUGGGCAAGAGCGAGGCCCAAGGAGACAGACUAAAAGAGGCUCAGGCGAUAAACAAGUCUCUCUCAGCCCUUGGGGAUGUUAUUUCAGCUCUCACCACAAAGACUCCACAUGUUCCGUACAGGAACUCAAAAUUGACUCAUCUGCUUCAAGAUUCAUUAGGUGGGGACUCGAAGACGAUGAUGUUUGUCCAGAUAAGUCCGAACGACUAUGACGUUGGAGAGUCCAUCUGCUCUCUGAAUUUUGCAAGCAGAGUACGGGGGAUCGAGCUUGGACCGGCCAAGCGCCAGAUUGACGGAGGGGAGCUUGUCAAGUACAAGCAGAUGGUGACCACAUCAAGGCAGGAGAUGAGGUCCAAGGAUGAGGCUCUUAAGAAGCUUGAGGAUAAAAUGGCUAAAGCUAUGGAAGCCAUGGAAGCAAAGUUAAAGGGCAAAGAUUCGGCACUUGCCGCUCUUGGCGAGAAGGUCCGCACAAAGGACUUGGCCCUUGCAGAUUUAGAGGCACAGCUAUCUGCCGAGCGCAAGGCAUUGAAAGAGGCCAAGUCAUGUCAAGCUGAAGCAGAGGAAAGGGAAGCGCGGGCGCAGCAACAGGCCGUGGAAGCAAGAGAGGCAGAGAAGCAGGCUCAGACCACGCUGGAAGCUAUGAGGGCCCAGCUGAAAGAGGCACAGGAAGCCUUAGCGGCAGCUCAGGCGGAGGCUCAGGCGACCAUCACAGCUGGGACAGUGUCGGCUGCUGAGCGUCGGGUACUACGAGAGUCACAGAUUGGGGCUUUGUCAAGUGCUGCUGAAAUGGGCGAGGAUGCCGGGGUGUCUGUAUCGAUGUCGGGUUUGGAUAAGAAGAAGAUAGCGUCCUCUGUAGUCUUCCAGUCCAUGGGUCAAUCGGGAUGGAACGAAAACGUUGAUCCUUUGAGGGCAGAUGUGUCCGAGUCAAUGUCUGUGACACAAAGCACAUCUGUAUCGAAUCUUGUGGCUCCCAAGAUGAGACUCAUUCAGGCACGUGGCAACUCCGCUAUUCCGUCUCCGCUAAUGACCCCGUCAAGGGUACGGAAGAUGUCUGGGACAACUACUGCUUACAGUCUUCAGCUCCAGGCAUCAGCUUCAGGGUUGAAGAUUGCUGUACCUGCGUUUCAGAGACCCGGAACGGCCUCAGCAGGAAGCUCAGCAUGCUCAACACCAAAUGGUUCUAAUCUCGGCGAUGACCAUCGCUUGUCUGCUCCCUAUGGAAAUGAUGCAACGCAAGCUGUUGAUGUAUCUGGAGGCGAAGACGUUGGGGCAUCGGGUGCAGGCACGUGCAAGGGCAUCCCGGGCUCGAUGCUGAAGGCCGCAAUGCCUGUGGAGAGAGUAUCGUGCACAGGAGGGAAACCGGGUAAGAAUGAUGGUGCAGAACGGAACGACGAUCCUGCAAAGCGGAGGAGGGCAAGUGAGCAUGCAAACGAGCCCGGUCACAGAGCUAAUUUAACCGCUACAAGUGUUCCGGAGCUCAAACCGAAAAGCAUUGGAAUGGGCUUGGCACGGCUUGCUUCUGGGCGAGUCCCAGUGGCACCGGUCGGUCCUCCACAGCGUGUGAAAGCCCCUCGUGCAGGGGGUGGUGCCGUCAAGCAGAUUAGAGCUCUGGAGAUAAGGGAGAAAAGAUGGAAUAAAUGAGUGGACUCGCUGGUGCAGAAAUCAUAACAAUGUGCUGUGCUGUGAGUGGACUCCUCGAUGGUGCAUGGAGGGCAGGGCGAUAACACGAAUGGAGCAGUGGCUCUGCGGGAGAUGUGGACGGAGGAAUGUGGGAUUUUUGUUCUGGAGCUGAAUGCAUGUGCUUGUCACAUUUAUUUGGGACUAUGACUGGGGGUGAUCUACUUUUGCAAGUGUCUUUUCAUUUCAUAAGCUGUUCUUCUAUAGCUUGUUAAAAGAAGAGAGUUCUGUUAUGCUCUGACAGCCGGUGGUCGGAGGGUGGUUCCCUUGAUUAACUCGGUAAUGGCCGGAUUGAUUUCGCUCAGGAAAAUGAGUUAGACAGGAGGCUGAAGAAACACUGCAGGACUUGGCUGAUGUGGGUGAAGUGCUGUGAAUGCCUGGAAUGCGAUUUUGAGAUGGAUGGAUGAAUGACUGGAAUAACAGAGGAGUUGCAGGGAAGUGAGAAUUGCAAUAUUUCACUGCAGCUGGGAGCCAAGGGGGUGUUGUGGACUCUGAGAGGAGUGUGUGUGUGUGUGUGUGUGUGUGUGUGUAUGGAGAUGUGUAGCUGUGGUGUGCUCGUGUGUGCACGUAUGUGCAUGUGGAUAUGUCUACAUUUGUGUGUGUGUGUGUGUGUGUGUGUGUGUGUGUGUGUGUGUGUGUGUGUGUGUGUGAGAGAGAGAGAGAGAGAGAGAGAGAGAGAGAGAGAGAGGGAAUAAAUCAGUUGGGUUUGU